AUGGACUCAUUAUCAAAAAAGAUUCAAAAUUUAGGUAUCCAUGAUAUUAGAAAUGCCGCAAGGUUUGCCCAAAACGUGAUAGUCCAAUAUGAGCCUUAUCAGAUAGAUAUCCGUCGUGCUACAAAUACCGAUGCUUGGGGCCCCACACCGAAGCACCUCGCCAAGGUUUUAAGGAACAGAUACCAAGUGCCGCUCUACUUGAUGACAGAAUACACGUUGAAAAGAUUAGUCGACCAUAUCGCUACCAGGCCCAAGAACCUAUACGAAAAGGCAAGAAAGGACUACGUUAAUUAUGGGUCCGAAUGGAGGGUGGUCUUAAAAUGUCUAGUAGUCAUUGAAUUCCUAUUAUUGAACGUCGACACAGGUGACGAACUGAAUCAGAUUAGAUCAUGUUUGCUCACUCAUAAGCAUAUUUUAACCAGGGAGAUUGCCCAAUUCAAGGUAAAAUUCUCCAAUGAUGGUAAAAUGGAGAUUCAUGAGAGAGGUAUUAGGAAAAAGGGAGAACUUAUCUUGCAAUACUUGGAAGACUCACAAUUUUUGAAAAAGGAAAGAGCCAAGAAUAAGAAGAAUGCCUUGAAAAUUCGACAGCAAGGAGAAUCCUCCAUUUAUAAUGCCAACCAGAUUUCAACGUCUGCAAGUUACGAUAACAUCGACGACGAUGAAUUUGAUGCAGAUGCAGAUGGCUUUGACAGUGAAAUGGAUGCUAAUAAUGUGACCAACUUCAAUGUUCCUGUGGAAACAGAAGCAAAUUCGAAUACUCGCAGGCGUUCUCAUAUGGAAGAACAAAGAAGACAAAGAAGGGAGAUAUUAAGAGAGCAGAUCAAAAAUAAAGAACAGCAGAGGAAAAGAAAGCAACAACAAGAUAGCAUCCCUGACUUAAUCGAUCUUGACGAUAGUACUAGCACCACGAAUAAUAUAACAAUAGACAAUGGUAAUAAUGACAACAAAAACAAUAAUAUCAACAGCAAUAGUGAUGAUGAUGAUGAUGAGUUUGGCGACUUCCAAAGCGAAACGAGUCCCGACACAACAGCACCUAAAACUUCCAAUAGUAAAAUAGAUGAUUUGCUUGACUGGGAUGGCCCAAAGUCAGACACAGAUACCACCGCUGCUGCGCAAACAUCAUUGCCCUUUGCGGAGAAAAAACAGCAAAAAGCCCGUCCUCAGGCUACAAAGGACAAGUCGAAGGGAAAUGAUGCAUUUUCCGACUUAUUCUCUUACUCCAAGUCGUUGGUCUAA